AAGAGAGGUGGCAGAUGACAUCUUCAUACCAAGGUGCUCAUGGUGCGAAAACUCAGUCCUUGGCAAAACGCUCUAAAUGUCUGACAACAAAAAUCUUGAUGCGGCGCCUGAAAUCUGACUCAACCGGACACCUAAGGAGAGAUAUUUCACUUUUCAGGAGGAAAAAUGGGAUGCGCCUGCAGUUCGGACUCAGACAGCGACUGGAUCGAGAACUUGGAUGAAAUCUGCGAACACUGCAACUGUCCAAUUCCACCACAGUCGUGCAAUCCACACAAGCAUCCUUCCCAAGACACAUUUGAAGUCCAGUAAUGUCACAGCAAAGCGACGAGGCAGUCCAGACUCGAAGGACCCUCCAAAACCGUCCUCAAAGGCGUCCUUGUUAUCCCAACUUCACAGGCAGGUUUGGUGUAUCCUCAUUGGCGAAGGCUAUUUCAGAACAGGGCCGAACAGGAGAUUUGUGCCCUUGUAACAGUGGAGAACAAAUUAAACGCUUUUCACCUUUUUUUCCACACAUUUAUACUCUUUUGUCAAAAUGCUCAUUAACAAACUUGUGUAGCGGGUCCUGUAGUUCUUCAUGACCGUCCAAAUUCACAGAACCACAGCCGCUCACUUCUGGCCUUAGCAGUCGAGGAAGGACCCAACCUACGUGCAAAGGGUCCUUCCUUGUAAGGGCCCAACGUAUUCAGUCGACAUGGGCCGGUGUCAGUACCUGACACCCUGUUCUUCAUCAGCCAGGAAGACCCGAAGUGAGCAGCUGUGUAAUUGGACGGUCUAGCCAUCAGAGUUAAUCUCGUCCUUAACUCAGCAAACGUCCUGUUGCCUAGCAACCUUGAUGACGCUAAACAGCAACAGGUGUGAACACUAAGGAUUGGCUCCCAGGAUUCAUUUUACAUGACGUAACAAACACCAUGAAGCGCAAUCAACUGCUUUUGUUAUCCAGGUUGUUUGUUCCUUCACUGUGACUUAGAUGUCCCAUUAGAUUAGAAAUUAAGGAGAAAACCACCUGUGUGUGCGUGCGUGUGUGUGUGUGUGUAACAUGCUGUGACUUUUGGCUGGAAGGAAAACCCAAGCAGCCCACAGUUUACCGUCAGAGCCCCGCUGUUUUUCUUGCAAUGUUCUCUACAAACGCUGGAUGUGAGGCGCAGGCCUAAUCUUGUUUCCCUGUCCUCCCAGUACACAGACCAGUUCAUCCCAUACCAAUCACAGCACUCACCCCCGACAUCACCUCUACCAGACAACAUCGCGGUGGCCGUGUACAGCUACGAACCACAACAUGAAGAAGACCUGGGCUUCGAAAAAGGAGACAAGCUGAAAAUCAUCCACAAGGAUGACCCGGAGUGGUACAUGGCCGAGUCCCUUACCACCGGCCAGCGAGGGUACAUCCCAUACAACUUCAUCGCCAUGACCACGAUGGAGACUGAACCGUGGUUCUUCACCAACAUUUCAAGAAACGACGCCAUGAGGUACCUCCUCGCUCCAGGGAAUACGCAGGGCUCUUUCCUGAUUCGAGAGAGCGAGACGUCCAAAGGGUCGUACUCUUUAUCAGUCAGGGAUUUGGACCAAACCACUGGAGAAGGGGUGAAGCACUACAGGAUCCGUAACCUGGACAACGGUGGCUUUUACAUCACAGCCAAGAUAUCCUUCAGCUCACUAAAGGAGCUCGUCCAUCAUUACUCACGUGAAGCCGAUGGCUUGUGCACGAUCCUGGCGAAGCCGUGCCAGUCCAGGGCGCCUCAGAAACCCUGGUGGCAGGAUGAGUGGGAGAUUCCACGUGAGUCCCUGAAGCUGGAGCGCCGGCUUGGGGCCGGGCAGUUCGGAGAAGUCUGGAUGGGAGUCUACAACAACGACAGAAGGGUGGCAAUUAAGAAUCUGAAGAUGGGCACAAUGUCAGUGGAAGCAUUCAUGGCUGAAGCCAACAUGAUGAAGAACCUGCAGCAUCCCCACCUCGUCCGCCUUUUUGCCGUGGUCACGCAGGAGCCCAUCUUUAUUGUGACAGAGUACAUGGAAAAUGGCUGCUUGGUGGACUACCUGAAAACUCCGGAGGGGAGCAGGUUGCAGAUGAACACUCUGAUAGACAUGGCAGCUCAGGUGGCCGAUGGAAUGGCGUUCAUUGAGAGGAAAAAUUACAUCCAUCGAGACCUGCGAGCUGCAAACAUUCUUGUUGCACACGACCUCACCUGCAAGAUUGCAGACUUUGGACUUGCACGACUUAUUGAGAACAACGAAUACACAGCAAGGGAAGGUGCAAAGUUCCCCAUUAAAUGGACCGCACCUGAAGCUAUAAACUACGGCACUUUCUCCAUAAAAUCUGACGUGUGGUCGUUUGGGAUUCUCCUCACUGAAAUUGUAACGUAUGGGCGAAUCCCUUACCCAGGUAUGUCCAACCCAGAGGUGAUCCAGAACCUGGAGAACGGAUACAGAAUGCCGAAGCCUGAAAACUCUCCCGAUGAGCUCUAUAGCAUCAUGCAUGAAUGCUGGAGGGAGAAACCAGCAGACAGACCAACGUUUGAGUACCUGAAGAAUAUGAUGGAGGACUACUUCACCUCCACAGAAAGGCAGUACCAGGAGUAGCUGUAGUCGUGGAGCAAACGGACCUUAACUCAAACCAAAGAGGUGACUUUUCAGAGCCAGUGUUGGAUUUUCAAUGAUUUACUGCAGAUGCUAAACUUUUCCUGAUUGAAGCAAACUGAGAGCAUCUGAGGUAUUUUUUUGUUGUUGUUGUUGAUUUUGAUGCGUCAAACUAAUUAAUGAAAACGUAACGCAACCGAACGAGAACCAGCUGGAUCAGGAAGCAGCAAAAGAGAGGAAAGUGAUCAUUAUUCUGCUUGAAUAAAUUGGAGACUCACUGGUGUCGCUGAAACAAACUGCUGCUCUGCUGGUGCUUUCUAAAAAACAUGUAAACACCCGCUUCAUUUUCAUUUUUCUGCAGCGUAAAUAAAGUCAUAAUGUUUUUUCAUUGUGCCCACACCAUUGAUUCACGACCAAUCAGAACCUUUAUCGUGAUUUUUUUGUAUUUAAAAUACACAGAUGAAUCUUUUUGAAUGUUAUUUUUUAUCAUUUCAAAGAAUAAAUGUGUUUUAUAUAUAUAUAUAUAUAUAUAUAUAUGUUAAUAUAAAUUGUUAGUCAAGAAUUUGUGUGCAUGGUCUGAGUUCAGCGCAGUUAGUACUAAAAAUAAAGUUUUGGAGUUUUCAUAAAUGCAA